AUGACAGAAAAUACCAAGAAUGGAGACAACAGCAAACUCCACAACAAGAGGUCUACAGCCCGGAUUAUGAAAAGCUUGGAUUCCACCCAUCGGGCUCUGAAUACCAUGGCUAUUCUGGCAUUUCUGCUACUUUUGUUCCUUUUUUAUUGGUACUGGACAAGCGACGAGUUUGUGACACCCGCCAAGAUUGCCGAGUGGUCUUCCCACAAGACCAUUGUCAUUACGGGUGCCAACUCGGUGGUUUCCUUUGGAGUGCUCGUACACUUGCUACGAGCCAAUACAGCCGAACACAUCAUUAUGGCUUGUCGCAGCGACACGAAAUGCCAAGCUACACUCGCACAAGUCCAGCAACACUUGGGCGUCACUGAAACUACGACGUCUAAAGUGAAGGUGUCCUUGGUAUCCUUGGAUUUGACAUCCCGAGCAUCCAUUGAACAAUGUGCCAAGUCGAUUAUUGCGACAGCAGCUACAACUCAACAACAACAAUCAUCAAUAUCAAAAUUAUCCAAAAAUAUGAUUCUCGUGUGGAAUGCCAAUGACAGUGUACACGAUCCCAUUAUGGUCAAUGGAAUGGGACAUUUGUAUUUGACACAUUUGCUAUAUCCACAACUGCAACGCGUCGUCGUGGCGGCCAGUAUCGUGGGUGGCGUCCCUUGGGAUGUCCUCCAACCAUGGGAGCAAUCUUCGUAUCCCAGUUGGUUCCAAUUACCCGCGCAAUAUGGAACAUCCAAGCGCACCAUGCUCUUUUUAGCCCAGCAAUUAUUGUUGCUGCAACAAUCACAAUCAUCACAACCACAACUCCAAGUCGUUGCCACUCAGGCCGGAUUGACCUGUGAUGAAACCGAAGCAUGUCAUGCCAUUAGCAUGACACCCAUCGAAGGGGCUCAUUCGCAUUUACGAGCCAUGCUGGACCCAGACUUGCAACCAGGAGCCUACCUCGGACAUCGAUGGAUUUUGUGGGGGAAAACAAUCAUUGCUGGAACAUUGGAAUCCUCGUGGUAUCACAUGCAUUUGUCUGGCGAAACUCGACAACAACUAUGGGCUUGGAGUUUGAAAGAAUUGGGCAUCCAAGAGUUUGGCAAUAAUCCUUCUGCUUCGACAACAACAAAGUAG